UUACAUGGCCAAAGAUGUCUACGACAAGAUAUCGUCGGUUUUUAAAGCUGUGUGAGGAAUGGCCCCGAGACGAGACCAAAAAGGCCCGUGAUUUGGGAAAAUUUCUGCGGCAGAGGGUCGCUUCUGCGUUCCGCGAGAGCGAAAACAAGCAGAUUGCAGAUCCAGAGAAAUGUGACCAAAUGUAUGAAAGUUUGGCUCGUAUAAAUGGAAACGUGUACAGACAAAGUGUCAUGUUGUGGGCAAGCUGUUUAACCCAGGACAUGAAGAACCACAUGAAAAAAACAGGUAAGUAAAAUAGUAAAAUGAUUUAUUAACCGAGGAUAAGGAAAACUAAAGGCGCUGCUCCAGAAAAACAGGAACAGGACGGGACUGGAAUCUAAAACGAAGAAUAAACAAUCGUGAAACUUGUGCCGGAACCAGAAAGCCAAGAGAAUAAUCUAUUUCUGGGUAGAAUUCAGGCGCAUUGCAAGCUUUUCAAAAGUGUGGGGGAUGUUGUCUGUGCCUAAAAUAGUUUCAUUCAUGUUAUUCAUCUUGUUAGUUUAAUUUCCAUAAUAGCGGAGCAGGUGCAAAUUUUAGACGCGUUACGCAUGUCUCCAUUUUAUACAUGUUUAAACUGUUCAGAAUACAAAUCCAGGCUCUGUCUCGUUAGAUUGGUGUAACUAAAGUUUGUACUGAAUGAAACUUUACAUUAAACCAUGUUGAAAAGAAAAGGAUCCGAUUAAAUCGUUUUCCCUCUCAUUUACAGUCACGACGUACAGCGCAGUGCGCAUGGCUCUGGGGUUAAUCAAGUUUAAUUGUUUCUCUUUGCAACAAUCUUCACAAGAAGUCAAAACAGUUAAAUGGCAGGUUACAGAUAUUUCCAUUUGACUGUUUAUUUUGACGGAUAAACUCAAGGAUGUUGGUUGUUUUGAAAGAAUUACCCCAACGCACACUGAUGCGCAUGGAUGAGCUGACAUUUAAAUCGUUACGCACAUCGCGGAGGUAACUAAAUCAGUCAAGGAAUGAUUCCCAUCAGAACAUCAGAGCUUUAUACUGGACACUGUGCUCAGCGCAGCUCGCAGCGCACACGGUGGACAGUGAGCUGAAGAUCUGUAGAGGGGUUCGCAGCGCAGUGCAGAACCACAACGAUGCGGUAAGAUUUCCUCCCACUGAAGCGGUCUGGAAACCCGGUCUCUCUGAGGGAUGUGUCACUUGGAAAAAUGCUCCUGUUGUCCUGGAAAAAGGAUUCGAACUUUGCUAAACUAAUCUUCAGAUUCAUGAGUUGCUGAACCAAAAUCUUUGAUAACACAGGGAAAAUAUAAAGAGGUAUUUCUGCAGUUUGAUCAAGUUAUUCAACCCAACAAAACAUAAGCAAAUUUUUUUAUGCAUUUACUGCAGAUUUUAAGUAAUUAGUGACACUUUAAAUAAUGUAAUUGUUGCUUUUUUAUUUUUUAUUUUUUUUACAAUGUGUUAUUCCUCCAUUUAGUAUAAGGCAGGGAUAGGCAACCAUGGUCCUAGAGAGCUGCAUGUUUUCCAGUUUCUAAUUGGCUGAACACACUUGAUCCAGGUAAACAACAGCAGGUAGCUACAACAAAGAUAGUAGGAAAACAAGCUGUGAGACUGUGGCUGUCUAGGGCCAGAGUUAUCAGAGACAAAAAUCCUGAUGACCAACCUGAGUUUACAUAAUCGAACCACCAGGGGGAGAUAGAGUGCUACAGAAACAGAUUACUGGAGCGAACACACACUUCAGAUUAACACCAUGUAAUUUGGCACAGGAACAGUGACACGUCAGUCACACAAGAAUUAAACUCUGGGAAAAAAUGGGAGAAAAUUCCACGUAAGGCCUCUGAAAGUGCAGCAGCAGGAAAAAUGUCUACAUUUUUGUUUGACAGCUGACUGGUUUAUCCACACGUUUUCCAUAAGAAGAAACGUCAGUGAACAAGUGUAAUCUUUCUGACUAGCAGAAACAAACGUUUGCUUUGGAAACCAUUAAAGCCACUCUAUAACACAUCAGGAAGCUUCCUUUGGUCCGUGUCAACAAGGAGCAUUGUGGGAAAAAGUUGGCAUCGAGCAGAUGACCUUUUAGUGACAUGAUGGGGUUUCUGUGGAGUAAGCUUUCACAAGUUAGCUUGACUCUAUCGAUCUCAGCCAAGUGGACACAUUUAUUGGUGUUUUUAUCCAUUCGGGUCUUUUUGUAUGUUUGUGGUUUUCUGAUGCUACUCAUAAAACAUCACAAACGGGCAACUAAACAAAACGUUUAUGUUUCCAGGCUGAGCUCAUCGUUUAUCCAGUUUACUGACUGAUCAAAGAAAGCCCUUGCAGUCUUACAAAGCUAAAAGCUUUUUGGAUCUCUGUUGAUCCAAACUUUUCAACCCUUUGUGUGUUGUCCCUUUUAGUCUGAAGCUUUUUGGUUUGUCUGAUGUAAAACUCUGCUGUAGAGAGGUUCACUCAUCAAUUAAAAUUAGGCUUAAUUAAUCAGUUUUAAUCUGUGGAGGUUCAUUAAUCUGUAAAACAAAAGAAAGACAACAAAACCUGUUACUCACACUGUUUGAUUUCACUUUAUCAAAAUUAUAGUUAAAAUCAGAUGUCCAGCAUUGUCAGUUGAUGAAAGAAUCGAUUUCUAUCACCUUCCAUACCUCAAACUUAAAAGAAACACCUGGGACCAGCACCUUUUCCCCUUGAUGUUUCUAUUCUUAACAAAUUCAGGAGGGAGCUGAGCUUACAGCUUUGACUCUGGUCCUCCUCCUCCUCUGAGAGGAUGUUUAUACAUAAAUCCGUGGGCCUGUGUGUGUAUGUGUGUGUGUGUGCAUGUGUGAGUGUGUGUGUGUGCGUGUGUGUACGGGUUGAGCAGA